AUGGAGGGUGACAGACAGAGACUCACUCUGAAGAGAGAAGUUGGGAUAAUAGGAGCUGUGUCAUUCAUUGCUGGAUCCAUGAUAGGAUCUGGGAUCUUCAUAUCACCCCAGUAUCUACUGUCCACUAUUGGAAGCCCGGGGGCUAGUCUAAUUAUAUGGGCCUGUGGUGGGGUGAUAGCCAUGCUGGGGGGACUCUGCUAUGCUGAACUUGGUACACUCAUCCCAGAGUCUGGAGGAGAUUAUAUCUACAUUCUAAAGACAGCAGGGAAAGUGGUGGCCUUCUUGUUUCUCUUCAGCUUUAUCAUUCAGUCACCUGCCUCUGCCACAGGAGUUGCACUGAGCUUUGCUGAAUAUGUUGCGGCCCCUUUUUAUGGUGGCUGCACCCCUCCACAACUGGUGGGGAAAUGUGUGGCUGGAGCAAGGGCUGGGGGCGUUAACUGUCUGAGUAUCCGCUUGGCCACAGCCAUCCAGGUGGUUUCCACAGUAGUCAAAGUGCUGUCACUGGCAAUGAUCGCACUGGGAGGCAUUGUGAUGCUUUUCCAGGGCAACACUCAGAACUUUGACAACUCCUUUGAGGGAACAAAUGUUGGUGUCAACUCCAUUGGAAUUGCUUUCUAUCAAUCGUUGUGGUCUUAUGGUGGUUGGAACACUUUGAAUUACUUAACUGAAGAGGUGAAACAUCCUGAAGUCAAUCUUCCUCGGGCAAUAGUGAUUGCUGUUUCCCUGGUGACUGGCUUAUAUCUGAAUAAGGUCUUAGGAGGCUGGGGAUGGAUCAUGUCUGUUGCUGCAGCAUUAUCGGCUUUUGGUUCACUCAACGGGACAUUUUUCAGCGGUGGCCGUGUGUGUUUUGUUGCUGCCAGAGAAGGACACAUGCCAGAUAUCCUGGCCAUGGCUCACAUCCACAGGCUGACUCCAUCUCCAGCACUGAUCUUCACCACGGCUGUCUCUCUGGUGGUGUUAAUCCCUGGAGACUUCCAAAGUAUUGUCAACUUUGUCAGUUUCACUGCCUGGUUUUUUUAUGCCAUCACCCUGUCUGGACUCCUCUACCUCAAGAUCAGGAAGCCACAGCUCCCAAGGCCAUACAGCGUUCCCAUUAUAAUCCCCAUCCUGGUCCUCAUUGCAGCAGUAUUCCUUGUCCUGGCACCCAUCAUAGACAAUCCUCAGAUUGAGUACCUCUAUGUGACUUUAUUUAUCUUCAGUGGAGUCAUAAUCUACAUUCCCUUUAUCCAUUACAAGCUCUGGCCAGGCCUGUUGACCAAGUUGACAGUGUUCCUGCAGCUGUUCCUAGAAGUCGCCCCUGCAGAGAAAAACCUGUGAAUUCCUGGUUUUAUGCUUCUGCUUUU